CGACCAGAAUUAUAGACCUGUCGUCGUCUUCUACGCGCGUUCGGUCGCCUUUCCCGAACCCUUAUGUUUUAUGUCGCCCUGGUACUCGGCACAAUUUUGAAACAAAAAAAUUAGAUAGUGAAACUUGAUAAAACUGAAAAUCUGUGUCAUAAUUGUUUCGGAUUAUAUUCUUAUAUCCUACUAUAAGAGUACAUUCAUCUGCAAAUAGUCAGAAUACACCUCCUUCGACUUCUGAACCUCUGGUACUCUCACAUUUAAAUUACAUUUUAUUUACAAAUAAAACAAGAAAAAAAAAUAUGUCUUUGAAGCGUACACCCCCAAAAUCACCAGAAAAAGGCUCAUUGACACCUUUUCUGGUACAAGUGGACAAAACACAGAUUGUUAGAACCUCACAAACUGUGUCAAACACAAAGAGCUUGAAUAAAAACAAAUCGGAAGGUAAAUUAACGCACUUUGGCUCAGAACCCAACUUAACACAACCCAGUGAGGCGAUGCAAAAUAUAAAUACACGCAACAUUAAUAAACGCAUACGUCGAGAAUCCAACGGUGACGAUAUUGCAGCCUCACCUUCAAAGGACGCUUCAAUAAAAUGCAUGAUAGCCGCACAAGAUUCUAAACUCGAUACUAUUAUGGAAUUUAUGAGAGACAUGAAAUCCCAAAUGAACGACGUACAAGAAUCGCAAGAAUUUAUGUCUUGUAAAUAUGAAGAACUGUUAAACCGUUUUAAUUCAUUGGAACAACAAAGAAGAGAAGACAAAAAAUACAUCCAUACUCUAGAAAAAAAAAUAGAAUACCUAGAAAAAAACGGACGAAUCACAAAUAACGAGUUAAGAAAUAUACCGACAAAUAAAGCUGAGAGUAAGGUCGAUCUUUUAAAUAUAUUAAAAAAAACGGGUAAAUUUCUUGAUGUAUCCAUAGAAGAGCAGGAAGUCCGUAAUAUAUACAGAGUUGCUACAGCAGUGCCAGAAAAUAAACCAAUAAUUGUAGAAUUCAAUGGCAUUUUCAAAAAAGACGAAUUACUUCAAGCGGUCAAGUCGUAUAAUAAGAAAUACCCUAAUAACAAAGUGAACACUUCCCAUCUAUCGCUAACCGGACCAACCAAACCCGUUUUUAUUACGGAAAGUCUUACGUUCAAAAAUAAAAAACUGUAUGCAAUCGCUCGAGACUUCGCUAAAUCACAUAAUUAUAGAUACUGUUGGACUUCUCGUGGAACAGUCUACUUACGUAAGAACGACGGAGCUUCAGCCCAACGCAUCAACGAAGAAGAAGACCUAGACUGCUUGAAAUCGUGACUAUACCAUCAGCAAUAUAUAUAUAAUAGUUUACCCAUAAUCGAAAAAGUCUUUAAGUCCUAUAAUGUUAAGUUUUUCUUUACAAUGUUUUACGGAACCAAACAAUAUGUACUACCUAUAGAACUAUAUCUAACUACGCUAACCAUAAAAAAUAAUACACACAUACACAAAUAUUAUACUACAUCUAAAAACUACAUUCAAGUCUUCACAAUAACAAAACAUAAUACAUAUAAUUUACUCACAAAUCCACACAAAGUACAUAUCAUAACACAACAUCAAGCACAUUCACAAGCAUGCAACGUAAUUAAAAGCACAGAUAUCAAAAUGUUCUCAUCGUCAUACUUAAUACUUGGAAUAUUAAUGCUAAUAAUAUAUAAUGUCAUAUAUCCAUGUUGGAUUAUUUUCAAGAUACUCUUUAUAAAUCAAUACUAUCAUUAAAAAACAAAUAUGAAUGCUAAACGAGAUAUUAUUAUUGAUGAAGUAGAGAAAAUCGACCAAAUACCAUGUACAUAUGUUAAUUCCCUGAAGUCGGCAAAAAAUAUUCUUAAUGUAGAAGAAAAUAAUUCUAUCUAUAUUUUAUCACUAAACAUCAGAAGUAUAAACUGCAAUCUAGAUAGGUUCCUGU